UGCUCACUUUCUUUGGUGGCGUUGAAUGGUGCAUCUUGUGAUCAUUGGAGAACAUCUUAAUGUUUGUGCCCGGGGUCAACAUGUCUCAUUUCCAGGCAAUGUUUGCCGAUUUCUGCUCGCACACCUCCUUGCAUGGAUGGAGCUACAUGAGUAAUCCCAGCUUGUCGUCUUGGCGUCGGGUGUUCUGGUUGCUAAUGAUUGUCUCGUCGUUGGGCGUGGCUGCCUAUUAUCUGCGGUGGUUUGUUCACAACUUUGACGAUCAUAAGGUGUCAACCACCAUUGAAACCACCACCGCCCCACUCUCGCAGGUGGAUUUCCCUGCUGUCACGAUCUGUAACGUGAAUCAAUUCCAAAAGUCCUUUCUUUCCUCGAUUGGAAUCCUCAAUGAUGUGGAUCUGGCCUUUAAGUUUGCCGAGGAAUUCAUUAUUGGCACGGAAAAAAUCCGAACCGACCUCGAUAAAAGGAGAGCUCACGCCGUCCUUCAAAGGCCACAAUACAAGAGCAUGGCCAAGGAAUACCUUCAAAGUAGGGCGGAUUUACUUCCGAGUGAUCGUCUUUUGUUUGGUUGUAAUUAUACUUUCGGCCAAGGCAAGUAAGUAGGCAUAGGCCUGAAAUAGCUCACCUCAUCACCUCAAACUCUUGGGGUAGAUUAUCUGAAAGAAGAUAUACGAGGUAUCUCUUCUUUUCCACCACUGAAAAGACAACAAUACCUUAGAAUUUCAACCGCGUUUUGUUUGGGAGCCCUUUAAUUCCAGAUGUACUCAAACUGAACCAAUCUGUGGUGGAAUACGUUCAAAGUCAGAAAAUGUUUUCUGUGAACCAGUUGGUAAAUCGCUUGUCGGUUCAAUGGCAAAUCGGCGCCAUGAUCCCCUACGCAGAGUUCCAAGGGAUUGAGCACGUGGCCUCCAUUGGAACAUAUGCGGGCACAGACCACGGGAUAUGUGCCAAGAUCUUUCCUCAAACGUUUGAUGUGGCCAAUAUGAUCCCCGAACGAAACGAAGCCAUUCAAAGGAAAAUUAAAGCGCCCCCUGGUGUCAAGAAUGGAGUCAACAAUGGGAUGACCUUCAUGGUCGACGCCGAGAUCUACGAUUACGCCGACUUGAGAAGCCCAUCGAAUGGCUUCGUUCUGGCCUUGCAUCAUCAUUGGACAUUCCUUGUGAUCCAGCAACAAGGCUUCAAUGUGGCUCUGGAACGUUUACGCAAAUCGCUCUCACGCCAAUCCUGGAGUCCACCACCAACAUGGCCAAGAUUAGAUUCAAACCAGAAGAUAGGGGAUGCUAUUUCCAGUCCGAGAUCAAUCUGGAGCACUGGCCUUACGACUUCAAAGGACACGCUGAAUCCCGAGAAACGAUCAGAAGGAGGUCGCUACUCGAUGUCUAAUUGCCUCUACGAAGCAGUUCUGGAGGAGAUCCCGAGUCAGUGCAAUUGUACUCCGAACUUCCACGCUAUCGGAUUCAACGUGGAAACUCAUCCUCCGUGUGAAGGUCGGGGGAUCACUUGCGUCACGAAGCUUCUGAAUAAGUUGGGUAUUUUGGAUACCAUUCAGGAUGGAGCGAGCCGGAAGCGAUGCUUUGCGGCUUGCGAGACCCAAAUUAACCGCUACCAAUUGAGCACCAUUCCGUAUCCGAACACGUUCAACUUUUUGCUCCGAACCGAGGUGUGCCGCAUCGUCCGAAGCCUCCAGCAACGAUGCGAAUUGCCCGAUAAGCGCUUGGUCCUGGAGGAGACCUAUGAGUCCCUAUGCGGAUUGACCUCUCGGUUGAAUGGCAACGAUGCGUGCUUCCAAGGCAAACUGAGACUCUCGAGAAUCGAAUACUUCAAUGCGAAUGCCACGGCUCGUCUCCGUUACAUAGAGCUCCUUCAGCGCUACGCCCAUGAAAAUAUCGCCAUAAUCCAAGUCUACAUUAAGGACCCGUUUGUGACCAAGUUGUUGAGAGACGAGGCCUUUUCCGUGGUUCUUUUCGUUGCGGGGGCCGGAGGCCUCAUGGGACUUUGCACUGGCUUCUCGUUCCUCUCGGGCGUGGAGAUCCUUUACUUUGCCGUGAUUGCAUUCAUUGAGAACAUUCAACAAGGAGCCAAGACCAUCAGGGCCUCAUCCACCGGUUUGCGCCAACUCCACCGCCGCCGUAAAUCCACUUUCACCGAACAAACAGACGCCGUGUGACGACGACGACGACCACAACGGCGAAUAAUGGUCUCACUGUUUAACUAGAUUCUUUGGGCAGCCUCAACCCAGAGAUUGCGAAGUGAAACCAUUCCAUUUUCCUGGUUGGAAAACAAAAUUCCACAACCACCCGAGAACGUCGGAAUCACAAGUCUGAUAAUGGAUCUUAAUUUGGAUAAUAAACGUAUGAACGAA